GGGGGGAAAAAAGUGGGCUGGAGUGAGAAGCUAAAUCACGGAAAAGAUACGUGUUGCUGGUUCAUCAAGGGCAGGACUGAAGAGGAGGGCCUGACAGAGAAGAAGGAGCGCAGGAGCUGAACUACGUUUCUUGCCUUUUGUUUCCCGGACCUAACGAUAUGGAGUCAGCCAUUAAGACGGUGGUGACCACGUUUCUUGGUUCUGCCAAGGGGAAAGAUAACUUGGAUGGGGGAAGCUUCCAGAAACUGGUAAAGAAACAACUUGGCGGCAUGAUGGAGAAUGCAAACGUCUCCUCUGCCGUUAAGGAGAUGCAGCAAGGUUUGGAUGAGAACAACGAUGGAAAGGUCAGCUUCCAGGAAUACCUCACUCUGAUUGGCUACCUGGCCACUUCACUCAGUGAGCGCAAGACUGGAUCCAAUGCAGAUGCAUCGUAGAUGCCUGUGUUUAGAUUUUUUUUGUUUCUGUUCUCGUUCAAAUGUUUACCCGAACAAUGCAUAACAAUUUUACAUUUAAUCAAUCAGUCCAUGCUCUUAAUGACUGUUCACACCAUAUUGAUCUCCAUUGUCAAGGACACAUUGAAGGACUCUAAACUGGAAGUAUCUUCUUUUAAAAGAAUUAUACAAAAGAUACUUAUCGUACUUUCCAAAUAAAUGAUUUGUACAAUAACA